AUGUGGAGCUCUUCACGUCGGGGACCACAUACUAGCUAUUGAUGGAACUAGAACUGACCAGAUGACGGUUGCAGAGGCCUCCCAGCUUCUCAAGAGUUCACUUAAGGAAGUCGUCAAAUUGGAAGUCUUCCCCAUCAUUCAGGUACUCAGCCACAAAGUCCCGGAUGUCGUUGCCAGCAGAGGCUUCAUGCCCUUCUCAAGUGCAGGACAAUUGGGUUCAAGAUUUGCCCACAACAACUUGUCUUCCAUUGGGAACAAUGCUUCUGCUCCAUCAAGGAAGGCAUUUCCUGUAUCUCUGCAACCAUCAACCAAAGGCAGAUUGGGUCGACAGCUGAGUAAAAGGAAAUGUACAUCCAAUUCUGUGAAAACAUGCUUUUCGAGUGCGACAUGGGUGCCACCUCCUGGUCAACUCAGUUACACUGACACCACUAAAGUAACUAUUCAAGCCGAUCUCCGUGGGCUAGGUUUUUCUCUGAAAGGAGGCGAUUUUCCAACAGAAUUGAUGUCUUCUCCAGUCAUCGGCAGAGUGGAUCCUGGUGGUCCUGCUGAAAGGACCGGCAUCCUUCACGUUGGUGACCGACUGGUGGCAGUAAAUGGUCAGUCUACUCAAGGGUUAACUGUGGAAGAAGUGACACAGUUACUCCAGCGUUCUCGCCCGAGGGUAACCCUCGACAUUCAGUUUGAUGUGGCUGAAGCCGUUGUGCCAAGUAGUGGAACGUUUACUGUUAAAUUAGCUAAAUCGAAGGGUGGAUUGGGUAUAACAAUCAGAGCUCCAAAGAACCGCCAACAAGGGGAACCGCUGCUGAUCUCGGACAUCAAGCAAGGAAGUGUGGCCCAUCGAACAGGAACUCUUCAGCCAGGAGACAAACUGCUGGCCAUAGAUUCAGUGAGGAUGGACAACUGUACCCUGGAAGAUGCUUAUGAAAUCCUGAAGGCUUGUGACCAGAUCGUCAAACUAAGGAUACGUAAAGACGAAACUUUUUCUGAAGAACCAGACUCCUCAGGAACUGUUGUUUAUACUGUGGAGUUAGUACGUCAUGGAGGACCGCUUGGAAUAACCAUAUCAGGAAUUGAAGAACCUUUCAACCCUAUUGUAAUUUCAGGACUAACGGACGGAGGAUUGGCAGAAAAUACCACACCUGAAGCCAUGUUCUGGUACUGCAUACUGCAAACUGAGGAGCGAGAUGUCUACUUGAACAAUGUAAGCAAAACCAUUCCAAGUGUAGACAGUGCUGUGGAGUCCUGGGACAGUUCAGAUUUAGAGAUUUCCAUUACUGGAGCAAGAUCCAAACAAGUUAACCGAGCAUCUGAUAGUACAGGGUCAUCUGUUAACCAGAACUUUGAACCUUAUGAAACUGACAACAAUCCUAAACCAAAACGAUGGGAGGAUGAGGAGUGGGAAGUUCACACCAAUAGUAAUCACAGUUUUCAAAGUUGUGGUAGCUGUCGUUCUGGUGGCAAAAGGACUGACUGGUCAGAAGACUCAGAGGACAUAGAAUCAGAAUUCCAAGGAAGAGGUCAGAGCAUUAUGGGAAGUGAUCCAGGUUAUAUAGACCAAUCACAUUCCCAGUUUUGUGAUGCCUUGCAUCCAUCUUGUGAAAGUGUGUUUCGUCCAAUGUCUCGUGCGGUAUCUGUUGAACAAGUCUGUGAGUUUGUUAGUCAACCAGGUUUGCAAGUGACCGGACAGUCAGUUGGUGAAGCACAGAGGUGUAGCACUUUACCUCACGUGACUUCCAGAAGGGGCAGGGAGGUACAUCAGAGUGUAGAUGGCACUGCAGGAUCUUUAUAUGCUUGUCAGAGUUCUUCGGCUGUUUCCGGACCAGUUGAAAUCCACAAAGUAACACUGUUCAAAGAUCAGAUUUAUGAAGAUUUUGGGUUUAGCGUUUCUGACGGGCUUUAUGAAAGAGGGAUUUACGUCAAUAAGAUACGACCAGCAGGACCUGCCAGUGUCAGUGGUAUAUUAAAGCCCUUGGACAAAAUACUACAGGUAAACAACACAAGAACUCAGGACUUUGACUGUUGUCUCGCUGUGCCACUAAUAGCAGCAGCCGGAGACCGUAUAGAGUUAGUCAUUAGCAGGCCAGCAUAUAAAAGUCGGAUUUCUCUAGCAGACAGUGCAAAUGGAGGGGGAAGCACGUUUCAUGCUUGGGUAGAUGAAGACGAUAGAGAAGAUUGUUCAUCUCCUCAGCUUCCACCAGAGGGUGCUGAAAUGUUAACCAAGAAUCUUUAGUUAAUGUGAAUAGGAAUGGCUGCGGAAAUAUAAAAUUGUAGGCCAUUUACUGAAAAUGAGUUAUAUGUUUUUUUCAUUGUAAACUAGGCUUAAGUUGACUCAUUAUUCUGAAGGAUGUGUGAAAAAAAAAAGGUUUGUUUCAGAAUUCUCCCAGAACACAUUUGGUGACAUGAUGAAACACGUGACGUGGUAAAUCCUUUGGACUUAUUGAUGAACUAAACUCUAGUGUGAU